GCCCCGCCCGGACAAGAGCGCAACGCACGCACAGGCGUGAACUGCCUCUGCUCCUCUGUCCUCGCGCUCCUUCCUCCUUCCCGCCCCGACUCACCGCCGCCCCGACCACCUCCGGCAGCGGCCUCGAAGACCGCCUCCGCUGCACAAUCCUCCGGAGGCCUUCCACGGUGCCCCUCUGACCCCUCUGGCCCCGCUCCGCAGCUGCCCGGCCUCCUCCGCUCCAAACCCUAACCCUAGCUCCGCGCGCCGGGGCCUCCGAGUGAUUCGUGAGGGGAGGAUACAUACGUUUCUUGGUGUCGUCAGCAAUGAACUAAUGCUUUCAGUGAUGCACGGGCAAUGCCUGCUUUCGCUUUCGUUCAAUGGUAAAUGCUGAGAUGUGCUCUAUGGGUGGAAUUAUUGAUUAUGGUGUUGGUACCAAAUCUUCACCCUGCAGUCUAGCCAUUGAGAAAGCUCAGGAGGAGCUCAGGCAGGAGUGUGAUGUUCGUGAAGAACGGAAAAGAGAGUUGGAAUUUCUAGAGAAAGGAGGCAACCCAUUGGAUUUCAAAUUUGUCCAUGUAGCAACCGUCAGUGUACACUCCACUUCUCUCACAAAUCAAAUAGGCGAACAAAAUGUGAUAAGUGAAGCUAAAGGUAGUUUUGCUGCAUCUCCUCAUGGAGAUUCAAUUGAGAGUAGCGAGAAACCAGGGAGUUCACUGUGCCGCGAAACCAACACAGCAGACAAUCUUAUGCUUUUGGGUGGAGAUAACAAUGGCAUAUUAGAGGAGAAAGUUGUAAAAAGAGGAACCAAAAGAUUAAAUGCAGCUCAACCCAAGCAGACCUUGCCUACUGAUGGUCACAAAAAUUCAAAAAAACCUGAAGAUUCUGGUUUGUCACGCCUUGGAGUGAAGAGCCAGGCAUAUGUUCGGCGCAACAGGUCAAAGCCAAGUAGAGAGAGUGCAAACGUUGCUUCUAUUAGAUCUUCUGGAACUCCUGCUAAAGGUUCUGAACCAAAAGAUGGAAAAGGUUUAGUACAGAAAAAACAUGCAGAUGAUCAUGGUGUAUUAUCCAUUUCUAGUAUAAAGCAGGCUGGAUCAAACUGUGACAAUGCACCAAAGAAUACAGCUUCUGAUGAUCAGGUGACAAUGGAGUUGGAUGAAAGUGACCGUGUGGUGAAGAACAAAGUGAAGCAAGGUGACAAUAAUAGUAAAGCUACAGAAGUGUCAUCAAAUGAUGCAAAUCGCAAUUGGCUGCUUGUUGGUUGUGGUGAGAUCGCUGCGGAAGUUGCAUCUGCAGAAACCCCUGAUGCCAAUUCAAAAGUUGUUAUAAGGCCAUGUUAUUCUAGUGCAUCCACACAUGAUGAAAGAGAGUCAUGUGCUGGUGAUGAGAAGGCUGACGAUGUUCACUUGGAUAGACAUAUGGCCCAUAUCCAUGUAGGUGAACUGGAUAACAGGAGUAUAGUUCCUGUCUGUGCUGUAGAAGCUUCUAAUAUACAAAAAAAUGCAGUGGACCUACCUUUUGAAAGCACCAUAAAUAUUGUUUAUGAUCAUGCAGAUGGGAACAUUAAUCUGGUUGCAACGAAGAUUGAUGGGAAGUCUCAUGAAGACCUGCACAGUAGUGCGCAUUCUAACAAGGUUCUCAAGGAAAGUGGCCAAUCUGAAGCUUUUAGCAGGGCUACUUCUGUGAAGGAGAAUUCCAAUCCUGUACAACCUGAAGCCAGUAAUAUUGUUCAUGUGAAAGAUGAAAUGGAAGUUUGUGCACAAGAGGAUACAGGGUGCCUGUCUUCUGGCCGCAAUAUGAACAUUGAGGAAAGCCCAGCUUCAGAUGGGAAAAACGUUUGUCUUGGGGGUUCUAACUCCGCCCGUCCUAUUGCUGUAUGCGCUGAUUUUCCUAAUCAUUUGCCUGAUGCUAUGCCUUCAUUGAAAAAUGAUGAUUCUAACGUGGAGAGUGGGAUUAAAAAAUCUGGGGAGAACCUGAACAAGAUGGCAAAGAAGGCAUAUGAAGAUUCUAUUCUUAGAAAUGCUCGUGUUAUAGAGGCAAAUGUUAAGAGAGCUGGUGAACGAUCUCUAUGUAAUAUUUCUUUAGAGAAGAGGAGAAAGGGUCACUGGGGUUUUGUCCUUGAGGAGAUGACUUGGAUGGCGAAUGAUUUCGUGCAGGAGCGUCUUUGGAAAAGUGUGGCUGCAGCUCAAGUGAGCCAUUGGAUCACCUCUGAUGGUCGGGCCAAAUUUGAAGAAGCAAGCAUUCAGAGAAAGCAGAAAACUAUUAUGAAAAGCCUUGCAAAGGGUAUCAUAAGUUUCUGGCGUUCAGCUGAGGCUUUACAAACUGCCGACAGGACUGUCAAAAUAAUGCAAGAACAGAAUUCAACUAUGCUGGAGGAGACAAAGCCUUCUGGAAUCAAAGCUGAACAAGAACAUGGCAACGAGUCACUGGAAGCGAAAGAGUCCAAGCAGCCUCAGCAGUCAAAGAUUCAGGAUUAUGCAGUUCGAUUUCUUGAAUAUAACAGUAGAGCAGCUGGUUCUCUUGUGUUGGCUGAAGCACCACCUACUCCUGAUAGGCUGAAUGACUUUGGCAUCUUGAAAGUGUCUGAUCAACUUGCAGAAGAAAGUCUCUUCUAUACUGUACCAUCUGGGGCAAUGCUGGCAUACAGGGAGUCUGUGGAAUCUCUUUUCGAGUAUCAUAAGAAAAUUGGUAACGCUGAACUCAAGGAUGACUAUGAGGCAUCUGUGUGUGAUUCUGCUGCAGAUUUCCCUCAGGAGAAUAUAUAUGAGGAGGAUGACGGCGAUACAUGCACUUAUUUAUCGGCUGAAGCAUAUGAUAGUGGUUUCUUAUCAAAAAUGAGUCACAAGAAGAAAAAUAUAAUGCAUCAGAGGAUUAGCAGUGCAAGACCCUAUGAAAUAGGUACCAAUGUGCCUUAUGGAUCAUGCUUGGAAAGCAAAUCAGGGAACCGACCAUUGUUAUCGAAUGGCAAAAGACCUACUUCUUUCCUUACAAUUCCUGCAAAGCGCAUUCGUACAGCUGCUAGGCAACGAGUUGUAAGCCCAUUUCAUGCCGGUGCUAGUGGACCACCCGAAGUCACAAGUAAGACAGAUGUUUCAAGUGGAGACACAAACUCCUACCAAGACGAUCAAAGUUCAUUGCAUGGAGGGUCCUUGCCAUGGAGAAACUCGGAUUUUGAAUCCACAGUUGAUUUUGACAGACAAUUGCCUUAUGAUGCUGGCGAAGUGUGCACUAAAGCCAACAAGAAGAAAAAACUCAAGAAACCGGGAUACAAGACUGCUCAAAAUGCAGCCAGUUCCUGUGUGCUAGCUGCUGUAAAGUUUCAGGGUCGUAUGUAUGAUCAGAGACUGCACGUUGAUUUGAUUACCAAAUAUGACCAGAAGGAUUAUUUGAAGAAGAGAUCUGAGAUCCAGCAAUAUGAUUCAAACGGAAGCAGUGUUGCAAUUGGUGGUCAACAUGCUUCUAAGAAGCUUAAAAUGAUGAAGCAAGGGAUAGAUAUUUCAAAUGAAGCUUCUCCUGUUCCAUCACAGAUGAGCAACAUGGCAAAUCCUGCUAGAUUUAUAAAGAUAAUUGCUAAUAGGGAUCGUGGGAGAAAAUGCAAAGCACUAAAGAUGGCUUCUAGUGGUGGAUGGUCAAGCUUCGAGGAUCAGGCUCUUGUUGUCCUUGUUCAUGAUAUGGGUCAAAACUGGGAGCUAGUCUGCGAUGCAAUUAAUAGCAUUGUGCAGUUCAAGUCUGUGCAUAGGCAACCUAAAGAAUGCAAGGAGCGCCACAAGGCUCUCAUGGAUAGAAGUUCUGGUGAUGGUGCUGACAGUGCAGAAGACUCUGGUUCAUCUCAGCAUUAUCAUAGCUCAUUGCCAGGCAUUCCAAAGGGUAGUGCAAGGCAAUUAUUCGAGCGACUUCAAGGACCAUUCGAGGAAGAGAAUCUUAAGGCACAUUUUGAAAAAAUUAUACUACUCAUGCAACAAGUGCAUUCCAGACGCAGACAGGGUAAUAGCCAGGAGCUCAAGCCUAUCAUACAGACACACAGUUCUCAUGUCAUCGCACUUUCACAAGCAUGCCCGAACAACUUAUCUGGGGGCACUUUGACGCCACUUGAUCUUUGUGAUGAAAUAAGUCCAAACCUGGAUGCGAUUACACCCGGUAGUGUGUACCCGGGAUCUCAGACAAAUGGGUUAACGCUACCAAACCAUCAGGGUUCUGUUGGUCCUACUACUCCUAUUUCAAAUCUGAAUUCCAGGUUACCAGGGUCUCCUGGCAUGGUUCUGGGGAGCAAUUUGCCGUCACCUUCAACAUUGAAUACUCCUAGGGAUGCUCAGAAAUACGGUGUUCCUAGACCUAUCUCUUUACAGGGUGAUGAGCAACCAAAGAUUCAGUAUAACCAGAUGAUCAGUGGCAGAAAUCUUCAGCAACCUGGAGGUUCUGUUCCCGGAGCAUUUCCUGCUGGGGUUGAUCGUGGUGCUCGGAAUGUACCUGGUGCCCAUGGUACGGGAAUGAUGGCAGGACAUCGAGGUAUGCCUGCUUCCAAGGCAGGCUUUCCAAGGAUUAGCUCCCCAGGAAUGCUAAAUGUGGUACCAUCUGGAAAUCUGUUACCCAACAGUGGACAAGGUAUGCCAAGUGCAGUAAAUGUCCAUCCUGGAGCCAUAUCUGGUCCUGGAAAUUCAAUCUUAAGGCCACGUGAUCCUAUGCAGAUACUUCGUCCUGGUCAGAGUAUGGAAGAGCGUAGGCAGAUGCCAGAUUUCAACAUGCAGGUUUCACAGGGAAGUAGCCAAACUGUCCAUUUCAGCAGUAUGAAUCCAUCAUUCUCCAACGUUGCAGCUUCUUCACCUGUUCAGCUACCCCAGCAGCCAAAUCAGAUGUCACAACCAUUGCACAUGUUAGAAAAUCCAGACCAUUCUCAGAUUCAAGGAACUAAUUCAAGCCCACAACAGCGGGCAUAUGCUAUGCGCUUGGCUAAAGAAAGACCAAUGCAACAACGAAUGUUGCCUCAACAGCAUAGCGAUCUUUCUGGAGCAAGUGCAGUACCCAGUGUGCAGAGUGGUUCACAGAUUCUGCAGCAGAAUCAAGCCUCUGCAGUCAAUCUAGUUCCUUGUUCACAACCACAGCAUCAGCGCCAGCAAGCUGCACAAAAUCUGCCAGAUGGCUCUUCAUCUCCCAAUCAACCUUCUGGUACUACACUACAGAAGCAGAAGAAACAACAAGGUCAACAGCAAUCUAGACAAAAUCAACAGCAAAGGAAUCAAGGUAGUCAGCAAGCUAAGCUUAUGAAGAGCUUAGGACGAGGAAACAUGCUAGUACCUCAGACUCCUCCAGUUGACAGCAUGCCAGCCGAUGCUGUUUUGACACCUUCAAAAAAACACAUGCCUGACAAAAAAUUGAUGCAACAUGGCCAACGAUUUUUCCCUGCUAAUACUUCACCAACUCCAUCAAUGCCUCAACCUGUGAAUCAACCUAAACAAUACACUUCAUUGCCUCAGUCACCAAAGCAGCUGCCAGAUAUUGGUAGCCAAGGCUCGAUGCAGGGUUCUUCGAAUCAGCCCCUGUUAGCUUCGCAGCAACCUCUACUUCAUUCUAAUUUGACAUUGACCACACAUCAGCAGCAACGGCAGAUCAAUCCAUCACAGAAUGGCAUCCAAAGAACAAUGAUGCAACAAAACCGCCAACUGAACUCUGAAUGUAGGACAGACUCACAUAUCGACCAAGUCCAACACAAUCAGAUGGUUCCAACAACAUCUAUUCCACAGAGUACAGAUUCCGGUAGCCCUAUACUUUCAUCUGUGGACCAGCAGAAGCAUGAAUCAUCAAAUAAUCCGUCUUUAGUUACCUCAUCAUCUAAACUGCUUAGCUCUCCUAAAGAUACUUCUUUUGGAAAUGAAACAUUAUUGCCAUCAUCUAGCCAAGAUGUGCUGCAAACGCAAAUUUCAGGUGGUUUUCCUAUGCGUGGCCAAGGUGUUGGUGGCCAGUGGAACCAGCAAGCUAGGCAGCAACUGCAGUCUCAACAUCAGCAGAGACCAGUUAUUCAAGGCAGUAUCUAUGCUCCCUCAAAUUCUGGGCCAGGCUGAUCCUUAAUUAACCUGGGUUGGUCCUUUUCGGAUAGGAACCCUUCGUUCCAGUGUAAAGUUACUGUACAGGUGUCGGUGUGUCCGUGCUAUGGAAGCUGUGGACGAUAGUGCUCUUAAUUUAACUUGGAGCUGAUUGUUCUCACCUUAAUGUCAGGUAGAUAUUUGUUUGCUGUGCCAUUUUUUAAGCUAGGAUAUGUUGCAGUCUAGAAUCUAGAUAGCUGGAGGUGGUUCUUGCAACGUCAAACUUGUUUUCUUGUUGUAUUGUAACCCAAAAAUCUGGGCCCAGCUGUAUAUUUUUUAUACGAGUUCUAUGCUUCUAGAGUCAGGAACUUAGGGUUAUUUAUCUUUUGUACAGCCGUGUAUGUUUAACUUUGAAUGCAAAAGCGCUUCUUUGCAUUUUAGUACUUUGUUAACUUCAUAUCAAACUCCUCGGUGCUUUCCUUCUUGGAUGCAAGUGCUGUCAUGUCUGGGACAGCGAAGCAAAAGCAAAUAUUGGUACUUGAUUAAUAUAUUUGUUCAUUUU